GUUCAAAAAUCUAAGAAUUCCGAGCCGGACAGUUCUAAUAUCGAUGUUAGGGUUUUAGAAGAAACGAUGAAGAUUAGUGCUUGUGUUCAUAGGCACAUCUUCAAAUCGGCAUGUGGAGGAUCAUCCCCUGGUAACAUCCUUUCAUUCCUCCCCAGAUUCCCCUCCCAUUUCUCUGCUUUUCAUGAUGAUGUUGCUGUUAGGCCCAAUAUUCACGAUUCAUACGAAGAACAUAGUAAAUCAAGGUUUUCCGGCAUCAAGAAGCUUGACGAUGCAAUUCUAUUGUGCCGUCACAUGGUCCGGAUUCAUCCCCCUCCCCCAAUAGUCCAAUUCAACCAUCUCUUGAAUGCCAUUGUGAAGAUGGGCCGCUACAGUGAUGCCUUCUCUGUAUUUCAAGAUAUUUGUGCUUCUGGCAUUCAGGUAGAUCAGUACACGCUGACUAUUGCUGCCAACUCGCUCAUCCAUUUGCACCAAGUAGAUUUGGGUUUUGCUAUCUUAGGCACUCACUUGAAGCUCGGCCUAGUACCCAAUGUCAUUUUGUUCACCACCUUACUCAAAGGGUUGUUCCGUCAAGGUAGGGCUCACGAUGCUAUUUGGUUGUUUCACAAGUUAUUGAAUGAGAAGCUGUGCGAGCUGAGUGAAGUCACAUUGUUUGUACUCAUUAAUGGCCUCUGCAAGGCACGACACACUGGCGAGGCUAUUAAGUUUCUUAAUUUGUUUAACGAGAUGGGAAAUUGCAAGCCAAAUGUGUUUGCAUAUAGCACCGUCAUUAAUUCCUUGUGCAAGGAUAAAAUGGUGGAUGAUGCCCUUGUCCUGUUAGCAAAGAUGAUGGAAAAUGGCAUUCAACCAAAUGUUGUGACCUACAAUUCCUUAAUUCAUGGACUAUGUACAUUUAGUCGAUGGGGAGAGGUCAAGGAGUUAUUGAAAAGAAUGGCGGACAAUAGAAUUCCUCUCGAUGGCCAUACAUACAGCAUAUUGGUGGGUGGGUUUUGCAAGGAAGGAUGGGUCAGCGGUGCUGCCGAAAUCAUAGAGAAAAUGGUUCAACAAGGUGUAGAUCCCGACGUAUUCACGUACACUGCUUUGAUGGAUGGAUACCGCUUACAAGGAAAGAUGAACAGUGCAUUGGAACUCUUAAACACCAUGAUUCGUAGGGGAUGCGACCCUAAUAUUCACACUUACAAUAUUCUAAUAAAUGGAUAUUGCAAGAGUGGGUGUGUAGAUCAGGCCAUGGAAUUGUUUGAAAAACUUCCUAGCAUUGGGCUAACGCCAAAUGUUGUUACCUACAGCAGUAUCUUGAAGAGUUUAUUUCAAGCAGGGAGAUGUGAUGAUGCUGAAAAGCUUUUUAACAAGAUGAUAGAAAAUGGUGAAUAUCCAGAUCUUUUCACCUACAAUAUUAUUUUGGAUGGCUUCUGCAAGAACCAUCAUCUACCUCAAGCUCUAUCUUUACUAAGGAUGAUGGAAGCUAAAGGUCCUAUGCCCGAUAUAGUUAGCUACACCACUGUCAUAGAUGCACUGUUCAAAGAUGGAAAGUCAUGGAGUGCAAUAGAACUAUUUGAUGCCCUUCCCUCAAUUGGUCUGCAACCAAAUAAGUUAACUUACACAAGUAUGAUAAGUGGACUUUGCCAAGAAGGCUUGCUAGAAGAUGCAAAAGAUAUGCUCAGAAAAAUGGAGAAAAAUGGUGUUGUUUCAGAUAGUGUGGUAUACAAUGAACUGAUAUUUGGGUUAAUGAAAAAGAAUGAGCACUCUGAUGCUAUAUCACUUUUCGAGGAGAAAUCAAGACUCGGGUUCUCACCUGACAAUCAAACUUUCAAAAUUAUACUCAAGUCAAUCUUACAAGAAGGACCAGAUUCAACUCUGCUGCAUACGCUUCUAGAUAUCAGAGAAAAUGGCCAAAAGUCCAGAUCAUGACAAUUUUCCAGGAGUAUAUAAUUAAGAGUCACAGAGAUCAGUUCUUAAAACAUAUGAUUCAUCUUUUGUCAAAUGCUCAACUAUUUUCCUUAUCUUUUACAUGAGGCAUGUUGCCUUUGUGAUGUGUCCGUACAAAAGACAUCAACACAUUGUUUCAUAGAUAUAGUUCGAGAACAAUAUGGAUCAUUUUGUCGGUUUCUGACAGUCCUC